UGUCUAAUUGAUAGAAGAAAAAAGAAGGAAAACGGAGACGAGCGUAUGGAAUCUGUAAAUCCUUCGUCUAUCCAUCCGUCUUCUUCAUUUCUCACACAAGCGGCUCGAUUCAACGACUCCUAAUGGCUCAUUAGCCUUGUUAUGACUUUCUUUCGUACUACUCGACACACUGUGCGCAUCAAAUUAAUACUUCUUGCCGCUUCUGCUUCUGAAUAUAUUCUGCCGCCGCCGUCUCUGGAGGUCACAUCAUCAUUCUCUCGGAUUUUCGCGUUUUCGGUUAAUACUUGAUGAGUCUCCGUUCACUUCUCAAUAUUCUGCUUAUUGUUGCAUUUUGGAUAGUUGGAGGAAAUUGCGAUGCUUCCUCGGAUACCGAAAUUAUCAAGAAACUGCUCGGAAAAGGAUAUGACUGGAGAGUACGUCCGCCUGGUAUUAACCUAACAAUUCCUGGAACUCACGGAGCAGUCAUUGUUUAUGUGAACAUGCUGAUUAGAAGUAUUUCGAAAAUAGACGAUGUGAAUAUGGAGUACAGUGUUCAAUUGACUUUCCGAGAGGAAUGGGUUGACGGACGGCUGGCUUACGGGUUUCCAGGCGAUUCGACGCCAGAUUUCUUGAUUUUGACUGCAGGACAGCAGAUUUGGAUGCCAGAUAGUUUUUUCCAGAACGAAAAACAAGCUCACAAACACGACAUCGACAAGCCGAAUGUGCUAAUUCGAAUUCAUAGAGACGGUCGAAUUCUUUACUCGGUUCGAAUUUCGAUGGUUUUGUCAUGUCCGAUGCAUUUACAAUACUAUCCAAUGGAUGUUCAAACGUGUCUGAUUGAUCUUGCCUCUUACGCAUAUACUGAAAAUGAUAUCGAGUAUCGAUGGAAGAAGACUGAUCCAGUUCAAUUGAAGAAAGGACUGCAUUCUUCACUUCCAAGUUUUGAACUUAAUAAUGUUGAUACAACUUUAUGUACGAGUAAAACAAAUACAGGAACUUACUCCUGUCUACGAACAGUCUUGGAACUGAGACGACAGUUCAGUUAUUAUCUUCUUCAAUUAUAUAUUCCAUCAACAAUGUUAGUGAUCGUCUCAUGGGUAUCGUUUUGGCUAGACAGAGGUGCUGUCCCCGCACGAGUCACUUUGGGAGUAACUACUCUACUCACAAUGACCACACAGGCCUCCGGAAUCAACGCCAAACUUCCACCGGUCUCAUACACAAAAGCGAUCGAUGUUUGGAUUGGCGCCUGCCUUACUUUUAUUUUUGGUGCUUUAUUAGAAUUUGCAUGGGUAACUUACAUAUCGUCGAGGAGUUUUUAUAAACGAAAUAAAAACUGCUCAAGUCGAAAUUCACUAUUGAUCGAAACAAAACAGGCACUGAUUAUUCCGAACACAGUGGUAGCUCAGUUUCCAGAGCAUCCCGAGGAAGUGGAAAUGGGGUUGGCUCAGGCUCCAGAUGUUUGGAUUCGACAGUCUGGAAAUGGAAAAACUGUAAGUAGAGUAAAUGGGCAUAUCAAUCACAACAAUGAUGAGGCCGCGGAGCUCAUCAUUUUUGACGCCAAGCACAAAAAUCGCCGAUUUGUUUGGUGGACUAACUUUCGAAAUAUUCGACUAAUUAGAUGGAUUCGAAAUCGAUUAAAUGUUGAUGAUAACGCGAAAAGGGCGGAUUUAAUAUCAAGAGUCCUAUUUCCUACUCUCUUCGUAUGUUUCAACUUUGUCUACUGGACCAAGUAUUCACAAUAUCACGCACCGGAAGCCAAAUGAAAUUGUACAAUUAAUUUCAAAAUUUUAACUCUCAUAAUCAGACCUCUGACACCCGUGAUUGAAUUUCACUUUUUUGAAUUUUUCAACAAGUUGUUGGCCAAUUGUUUACGUUGUAUGUUUUUUGUGUUCAAAUAAAAAUACAUUCCUGAUAUUA